ACAUGUGGUCCGACAUUAAGCCCCGCCCCUCUCUCUUCCAGGUAUGAGGAGGACAGUCAGGACCCUGAUCCAGUCCGCCAAGCGUCUGGCUGGUGUCAUGGUGCUGACCUUGCUCUUCCUCUGCCUCCUGGCUCUGGUUGGUCAGCAGCUCUUCAUGGGAGCGUUGAGGAAUAAGUGCAUCAUAUGGCCAGUGAACAUGACUCAGACUAAUCACCAUGACGACGGAUACAGCUCCAGCAUCUUUGACUACGACGGAUCAAGCUCCAGCAAUUUUGACUACAACAAAUACGUCAACAACCACACGAACUACUACUUCCUACCAGGACAGCUAGACGCUCUGCUGUGUGGAAACUCCUCUGAGGCUGGAAAAUGUCCGGAGGGUUUCAGCUGUAUCAGGGCGGGGCCUAAUCCCAACUACGGCUACACCAACUUCGACUCGUUCGGCUGGUCUCUGCUGUCCAUGAUCAGGAUGCUGACUCAGGACUUCUGGGAUAACCUGAUGAUGCUGACGUUACGGUCGGCAGGUAAAUCUCUCCUGGCCUACUACGUCGUCCUCGUCUUCCCCGGCUGUUUCUGCCUCUUCAGCCUCAUCGUGGCGGCGGUUGCCGUGGCGAUCAUGGAUCAGGAAGAUGCUGAAGUGGCUGAAGCCCAACAGAGAGAAAAAGAGUUUGAUGAGAUCCAGCAGGCGCUGAGGAGCAACCAGGAAGAGCAGAACCUCUCUGACGGCCCAGAGGAGGAGAAGAAGAAGACAGACGGCUCGUGCUCGCCAUGCUGUGUCCGCUGUCUGACGUGGAACUGUUGUGGCUGCUGGAGGGGGCUCAAACAGCAGCUCCACGCCAUGGUCACGAGCCCUUUCUUUGACCUGGUGAUCGUCAUCUGCCUGAUUGUCAACAUCAUCUUCAUGGCCAUGGAACAUUACCCUUUGUCGCCGCAAUUUGAAGAGACACUCUCCAUCGCUGCCCUGGUCUUCGACUUCAUCUUCUUCCUUGAGAUGGUGGUAAAAAUCCUGGCGCUUGAUCCGUACGGAUACUUCAAGGUGGGCUGGAACGUCUUCGAGAGCGUCAUCGUGGUCAUCAGUUUGCUGUCUUUGUCCCUGGCUGAUGUCUACAGGCUGCGUCCGGUCAUUCUGCUGAGGGUCUUCAGGCUGGCCCGUUGGUGGCCGUCCUUCUUACUCCUGUUGAAAUUGGUGUCCCUGACCCUGAAGAAGCUGUUGAAUCUGGUCCUGGUACUGGUCAUCGUGGUCUACCUGUUCAGCCUGGUUGGCAUGCAGCUCUUCCACCGUGACUACAAAGACUGCGUGUGUAAGAUCGCCCAUGACUGCGAGCUCCCACGGUGGCACAUGAACGACUUCCUCCACACCUUCCUCAUCGUCUUCAGGAUCCUGAAUGGCGAGUGGAUCGAGGUCCUGUGGGACUGCAUGGAGGUGGCGGGCCAGGCGUCCUGCAUGAUCUUCAUCCUGGUGCUGAUGAUCAUCGGAUAUCUGCUGCUGCUGAAUCUGUUCCUGUCCAUGUUGCUGAGCUCGUGUCUGGCUGUGAAUCUGGACCCUUAUGAACAAACCCAGAAAACCAACGUGAACCUGGCCUUAGAGCAGAUCUGCACCACCUUCAGGACUCUGCUGGGGAAGGAGGAGCCGGGUCCCAAAGCUGCUGAAAAUAAAGACAGCCAGAAGAAGGACCACAUGGCCUUGGACGUGGUGUCUUCAGACAAGCCUCUCUCCGAGGUCCAGGCCCUCAUCGGGGACACCAGCGAGAGCCGGAGAGCUCCCAUUGCUGAGGAUGAGGAUAAAGAGACAGCGCCUGAGGACGCUGCAGAGAGAGGAAAUGAAGGAAAGAGUGACGUUCUGGAUCCUCCUGAGGCUCAGAAGUCUGAUUCCAGUAAAUCUGUGGAAAGAAACGUUCCUGAGGACUGUUGCUGUGACAAGUGUUACCAGUGCUGUCCACUCCUGGACGUAGGUAAGUCACACGGCGUUGGGAGGGUGUGGUCUACCUUCAGGAGAACCUGCCUGGCCAUGGUUCAGCACCGGUGCAUGGAGGCGUUGAUGAUCGUGGUCAUCCUGCUGAGCAGCUUCAUCCUGGUGUUUGAGGAUAUCUACCUGCCUCAGCGGACCGUCCUGAGGGCCGUCCUGCAGACGGCUGACCAGGUGUUCACCUUCGUCUUCCUGGUGGAGAUGCUGCUGAAGUGGAGCGCUCUGGGACUGAAGAGAUACUUCACUGACGCCUGGUGCUGGCUCGACUUCCUCAUCCUUAUGGUGUCGCUAACGUGUCUGACAGACCAGUUCUCUGGACCCUCGGAGCUGAGAGCGUACGUCUGGUCUCUGAGAGCACUGAUACCUCUGAGGAUCCUGUCUCGCUUCGAGGGCCUGAGGGUGGUCAUGCAGACUCUGGUCCGAUCCCUGCCCGCUCUCUUUAACGCUCUCUCGGUGAUUCUUACCGUCUUGCUGGUCUUCAGCAUUAUGGGCGUGAAUAUGUUUGCAGGGAGGUUCUAUUACUGUUUCAAUGAGACGUCGGAGGAGCAUUUCCAUGCUGAUGUGGUGAACAAUAAGUCCGAGUGUGUGGAGCUGAUAAAUCUAAACUUCUCUGAGGUCCGCUGGAAGAACAUCCCCAUGAACUUUGACAGUGUGGGGAAUGGAUAUCUGUCACUACUGGUCACGACGAUGUCCACUGACUGGUUUGACAUCGUGUAUGCUGCUGUGGACUCCAAGUGGGUUGAGGAUCAACCAGUCUACGAGUACAACGUUAAUAUGUACAUGUACUUUGAGCUCAUCUUCAUCGGCACUCUCCUCGCCUUCAUCUUCUUCAUCAGACUCCUCAUCAAUGGCCUCCAGGCUCAAGAACGGCCCGGUCAGCACUUGUUCAUGUCUGAACAUCAGCAGAAACUUUUUGAAGCUGUGAGAAAUAACCUCAGCAGAAAACAACAGAAACCUCCUCGACCUCAGGUGAAGUGCCGGGCCUGGCUCUAUGACCUGGUGACCAACAUCUGGUUCGAGGUCUUCAUGGUGGUCUUGAUCUUGCUGAACAUGUUGACCUACAUGGUGGAGACCCUCGACCAGAGCUUUGAGAAGGAGGAGAUUCUGUACUGGUUCCACUUCAUCUUCAUCCUCAUCUUCCUCGUCGAGUUCAUCCUGAAGGUCACCGCUCUGGGACGACACUACUUCUUCUCCGGCUGGAACAUUUUGGACUUCGUGGUUCUGAUCGUUUCCAUCGUAGGUGUGUUCCUCUAUGACUUAAUGGAAAAGUACUUCAUCUCUCCUGGGAUGGUUCCACUGCUCCGAAUGGCUCGUAUCGCCCGUGUGGUCCACCUCAUUCGCUGGAACAAGAGGGUCCGGAAGUUUCUUUGGGCCUUUUUGUUAUCACUUCCUGCCCUCUUCAACAUCAGCUUCAUCCUCCUCGUCGUCACCGUCAGCUUCUCCAUCUUUGGGAUGUUCAACUUCGCCUACGCAAAGCCAUCGGCCGGCAUCGACGACAUGUGGAACUUUGAGACGUUCAGGAACAGUCUGAUCUGCAUGCUCAUGACCUCCACCACCUCAGGAUGGGUCGGUCUGCUGCUACCCAUGAUGCUCAAGCCCCCCGACUGUGACCCCUUUAAGGAAAACCCAGGUCUGACAGGUAAAGGUGACUGUGGCAACCCUCUGUUAGGAAUCACCUUCUUCUGCGCCUUCAUCGUGGUGUCGUCACUGCUGCUGAUCCACCUGUACAUCGCCGUCAUCCUGGAAGUCUGCAGACCGGACCAGUCCAAGGCGUCGUGUGAACCAAUCAGCAGCACCGUCCAAACUGAACAGGAAGAAUUAGCGACGGCGGCAGUGACCCCACUGCACGGAGACACAGAGGAGGAAGUGGGCGGGGCUGCAGGUGGGGCAAAUGGCUGUUCAGGAGUUUAAGACUCCUCCCACACUGGAUGAGAACCUGAAGGAGUGAAGUUGGAAACAUCACUGAGCUCGCUCUCUGAUUGGACGAUCUGAACUUAAUCUCAUUACUAAUCUCAUUUAGAGCCAUGUAUGUUCUCAUUAUAUCAGUAUGAAUGCUCACUAACAUCUCACUGACAUUAGAACAUUAUCAAUAAUCAAUAAUCAAUCACUGACACUACAGCCUCAGAGUGAUCAGCCUGUCAGAGUUAGAACAUUAUCAAUAAUCAAUAAUCAAUCACUGACACUACAGCCUCAGAGUGAUCAGCCUGUCAGAGUUAGAACAUUAUCAAUAAUCAAUAAUCAAUCACCGACACUACAGCCUCAGAGUGAUCAGCCUGUCAGAGUUAGAACAUUAUCAAUAAUCAAUAAUCAAUCACUGACACUACAGCCUCAGAGUGAUCAGCCUGUCAGAGUUAGAACAUUAUCAAUAAUCAAUAAUCAAUCACCGACACUACAGCCUCAGAGUGAUCAGCCUGUCAGAGUUAGAACAUUAUCAAUAAUCAAUAAUCAAUCACCGACACUACAGCCUCAGAGUGAUCAGCCUGUCAGAGUUAGAACAUUAUCAAUAAUCAAUAAUCAAUCACUGACACUACAGCCUCAGAGUGAUCAGCCUGUCAGAGUUAGAACAUUAUCAAUAAUCAAUAAUCAAUCACUGACACUAACAGACCAACAGGGGGAGCUGUCCCUGUCUAAAGACAUUUAAAUCUACAUUAUUCAUUUUCUCUUUUUAAUCUUGAAGCUCACUGAGAAUCACAGACGACCCCAAACUCUGCUUUUAUUUUUCUACUUUUAUAUUUUGAUACGUUUGUAUUUUUAUGUUAUUUCUCUGUCCUUCUGUUGAUUCUGGAGUUUUCUCUGUACUCAGACUAACAAAGUCAAUAAAAUCAGCUGUAUGCCUCA